CUCACAGCUGUUGCCCCACAUUCUGCUGCCCGCUCCUGAACAAGUCUCCUCUGAGUUUGUGAAGAUGCCUGGGCUCCUGAGAGCUGUCCUCUGCAUAACUGAGGCAUUCCACAAAUAUGCCAGAGAGGAUGAGGACAAGGCACUGCUGACCUGCAGAGAGUUGAAACAGCUCCUUGAGGGCGAGAUUGGGGACUUUCUUCAGCCACAUGUCAUUCAUGCUGUGGAGAGACACCUGAAUCUUCUGGAGAUUGACAAUGAUAUCACCAUCAGUUUUGAUGAAUUUGUUCUUGCAAUCUUCAGCUUAUUGAACCUCUGUUAUCUUGACAUACAGUCAUUACUAAAGUCAGAACCAAGAGAGGAACCUAAGUCAGAAAGGGGGAAGUCAAAUGACGUGGAUCUUCAGGAAAUCACAAGCAAUGAUCAGCAAACGGUGGGAACCCUACUAACACAAGAAGAGGUGUUGCUUCCUCCUGGAACCACAUCAUCAUUCCAGCUCAGCCAAGAAGCAAGUAAAGUGGCUGGGAACAAUGAAGCGAACCCAAGGAAAGGCAUCAAGACUCACAGCCUGCCGAAAGAAGCACCUGAGCCUUGUGGCCCUAAGAAGCGAUACCUGGAAAGAGAUGAACAGAGCCAAGAGGUGGCCCAAGAUGUAACAGCAGUGGAAGACAAAAGAACCCAAAUGAAGACAAAUAAACCAUUAGCAGGGUCAAAACAGACUAGCAGCCCUACAGAGCCAAUCCCCAGAGCUAAACAAGUCAGGAGGCAAAAUGGUGGUAAGAUCAGUGACAGAUUUGAAGAACAGGAAGAGAACUUAAAGCGACAAGAAACAACACAGAGACCUCCAGAGCAGGUCUUCACUGCACCAGAAAAGAGCAUUAAAAACCACUCUAAAACACUAGAACCACCCCUGCAAGGUGAAGAUGAACCCAGGCCAGAGCGCACUGACCUAGUAGAACAAGCUGCUACCAGAAAACCAUCUCAGACACAGAACUCAGCGAAUCCUGCGGAUGACAGAUCGUCAGAGACUCCAGAACCAGGAAAGGACAUUGACAGGACAUCGCCUGAGACUAAGGACAGAGAUGAACCUGAGGAUUGUGGCAAGACAUCUGAGACUCAGAAAUCACCAGCACAAGAAAGAGAACAUGAAAUAACAGACCUACCAGUCCAAGGUGGUAACAAAGAUAUUUCAGAAACAUCUGCUUUUAGAGCUGAAAGGAAAGAAAGUAAAGUCCUUGCAGCCCAUGGACUAGCACAGCAGAAAGAAGGUGAGAAAAACACUCAGCCUCCAGUCCUGGAAGCCCAAACACAGGAUGGGAAGCAUCAGGAACGCCAAAGAUCAUCAAAAGUAAAGGAUGCAAAAAGAGAUCCUGAGACAUCAGAUCUAAGCACAGAAGAAAAAAAUCAGAAUUGCCCUGAAACUGGAGAUGCUUCAACCCCACGAGAAGAGGUAGAACACACAGAGGAGGAUAGAGCACCAGCAUUUGUGAACAGCAAAAAUGCCCCUGCUGCCAAAAGGACACCAGGAGCAAGAGAAAGAAUCCAACGAUCAGCCCCACUUGAGAGGCAGUCUGAAGGAAAAACAAGCAGGGCCACUGAGCCUUGUGACACGGCAGUUGGAGAGGAAGAUGGCUACCAGGGGGAGGAUCCUGAGGCCCCCACUGCACUGUGUAGCAGACAGUCUUGUGAAACUCCCAAGCGUCUGGUUCCAGAAGAAGGUGACAGCAGCUCAGAAACAGGUAAACUACAUGUGCAAGGGGAUUCCAGGAGGCAGGCACACCCACACAAAGGGUCUGUGCAAGGAAGUCACCAGAAUAACCCAGAGCUCUGGAAGCUUGGGGCGCCAGGUGAGAACACCAGGGCACAGGAAGCAGUGGUAGUGGUAGUCAGAGAAGAAGAUGCAUACCUCCCAGAGGAACAGGAAGAGCCUGCCAGAGUAGACCAUAGCACAGGGACCAAAAGUCCAGAUGCAGCUGUGGAGCCCAGGGGAUCCCUAGAGUUACGGAAGUCCACAACAGAAGGUAAAAGCAGGAAGUCCCUGGAGGCAGAAGUCCCAAGUGGCCUGGACACCAACUUCACUGUCACACAGCUCCCCAAAAAGGCAGGCAGCAGAAAAGAUCUAAAGAUCCAGGGCUCAAUGACUGAAGAAGAGGCUGAAGCACCAGAGACACAAGGAAUACUCUUUAAAAGGCCACAUGAGGACAUCUCACCCUUCUACAAGACUCACAUUGAAGCAGAGAAACUGGCAACAUUGGAAGAAAAGAAUGAAAGUCCCUUCACGCCAGCAGAAGAAAGUGAGGACCAACAGAGUGAGAGAAUGAUUUUCAAAGCAUACUCUUCAGUUCCUCUGCCAAGAAUUGAAGAAAGGCUGCAGAGAGACCCAAAGCCCUGUUCUGUGCAGAGGAAUGUGAUCCAAUCCAGCACACUAUACCAGAGCCUGCAAGAGGAGCUAGAACACGCUAGGAGUGGUGGCUCACGCCUGUGAUCCCAGCACCUCAGGAGGCU